CAGCGUUCGAAACGCGUCGCUGUCUGUCUGCCUCUGCCGCAACGACCUCUUCGCCGCGCUCUCGACAUCGCUCGAACGUCCGUCGAAUCGUCGUGUCUUCGCUUUCCAACCGCGGGAGAGGUCUCACUCGCCGUCGUAGUCGUCGCCUUCUCUUCGAAUCCGGACGUUAAACAAAGCGCAGUCGGAUGCACCUCGUUGGAUGCUGCCGGCGGCGCGCCUGGACGACCUGGAAGGUCCCCGUGCUCGCGGCGGUACCGUGAACGGGUGCUGCUGCACCAGGUAGCACCGGUGACCGCGAUGGACGCGCGCGUGGUCGUCGGUGGCUCGACCGCGGAAGACACCCCGACGGUGGUCGCCGCGGCGACGGCGGCGCGAGGGGUCGGCACGCCGUCGCCGGUGCCCUCGGCGCCGAGCAACUCCGUGAGCGCAACGACCGGUAACGGCGCCGGCGGAGCAGCCGCGACCCUCGCGUCCGCAGCCUGUGUCCCGCAGAACCCUUCGUCCGUCGUCGUGGUGGCCAGCCCGUCCAGCAACCAUCAGCAGCAGGCCGGCGUGGUCCCCGCUGUGCCCAGGAUACUCAGCAGGAACGUCAACGGCACGCUGGUGCAGACGUCCGUGCCGCAGAACGAGGCCGAGCUGCAGCUCUACAGGGUGAUGCAGCGCGCCUCGCUGCUAGGAUACUACGACACGCUUCUUGAAAUGGGAGGCGACGACGUGCAACAAUUAUGCGACGCCGGUGAGGAGGAGUUCCUGGAGAUCAUGGCACUGGUCGGCAUGGCGAGCAAGCCGCUCCACGUCAGGAGGCUUCAGAAAGCUCUGCAGGAGUGGCUCACUAAUCCUUCGUUGUUCCAAACGCCGGUGGUGCCGACGAACACCACUGCCAAGAGCUCGGUCGCCGCAGUGGGUUUCACGUGUGCUAGUCCGCGGCCACAGAUGCAGAAUCUGCCGACGGGCUUCACCACGACCUCGCAGACGUCGUUGACGCCGUACGUGUCGACGCACGCCCAUGUGCCGCUCACGCCGUUGCCUUGCCGAAGCGCGAGCCCGGUCGUACCAGCGGCGGUCACCAGCGUAUCCGCCCCAGCGCCCUCGACGACUUUCCGUCAGAGCCCGAGCCCGAAUACACCUUUACCUUACGCCACCUCGCACAGCCCUAGCGUACUGCAGGUAACGAAGACAAGGCGACUAGAACUCGAUCGGGAGGAAACGUAUUAUCGAGAUUCAUCGUCGGUGGGAACGUGCGAGUCCUCGUGCGGCAGCGGCACGACACCGAGCCCGAGUGGCGGAGGCGGCGGCGGUGGCGGUGGCGCACCUGCGAGCCCGACACAACCGACGCCGACCCUUCUGCAGUCGCAGGUGCAGCGACUCGCUGAAGCCGCGGAGAGGCUCGUCGCUACCAUAAAGCCCCUCGAUCCCAAGCCGCACAAUGUAAAGAAAAAACUCUGCAAGAACCUGGAGAUGGUAAUGACGAUGUCCGACAGUGAUCCGCGCAAAAUGGACGAAAUCCGGAAGUACGCGGCGAUUUACGGCAGAUUCGAUUGCAAGAGAAAGCCGGAGAAACCUCUCACGUUGCACGAAGUGUCCGUGAACGAGGCGGCAGCGCAGAUUUGCAGAUUCGUGCCUGCUCUCCUCACCAGGAGGGACGAGCUAUUUCCGUUAGCGCGUCGUGUCGUUAGAGAUUCCGGCUAUCAUUACUCCAAGAAUCAAUACUUGUCGGUGUCGCGGACGCGCGAAAACGGCGAGGAGACCGACGGUGAGCGCUCGAAACACCGGAAGCUCGAGCUGGAGGGUGAGAGUGAGGACGCGACGCAGGAGGAGUUGGACCUCCGCUGUUCUGGCACGGACAUUAAUAAUUCUAUCACGAGAAGACACAGAUCGUCGAGUCCAGUCUGGAGGAAGAAGAGUAACAACGGCAUGUUUAGCGCCAGUGUGGAAGAAAUCAGCGACUCGGACAGCCAAUUCUCGUUCUCCAACGAGGAAUCUUCGUCUAUGCACGACACAAACGAGGCGGAGGCCGACAACACCGACAAGGAAGGUGAUUUCAAUCUGAAGGUAAUAGCCUCGCGUGGAGACAACAUAAUCGCCGUAGCGAAUCCCGCGCUAAUGGAAUGCAGUCAUCCUAUAAAGGAGGAGCCAGCGGACGAGAAACCCACACUGUGAUAUUAUUGCUUAGCGUUUACCGCCGCCAUUGACGUCACGUCGGCGUGAACCUGCGUCCUCAUCGUCGCCAUCGUUGUUAUCGCGAUGUCAUCGUCGUUUGGGCCAAACAUUCUUAUCUCAGCAUGGAGCACGAUAACACGUGCCGCAGCAACAAAGAAUAGGCGAAUAAGACUUAUUCACAUUAAGAUUAUUACAAAGUUUUGCAUUGUAUCUUGCUCUCGCUCAUGCAAGAAACUUGUGUCAAGAGACAAACAGAGAGAAAGAGAGAGAGAGAGAGAGAGGAGAGAGGAGAGAAAGAGAAAGAAAAAUGUAUGAGACGCUGUUAUCUAGUUCUAGCGAGAUACGGACGCACGAUAUUGUAUAGCGAGCAUUUCUAGGAAACGAUAGAAAAUAAAAAUACGUCGUUUAAAUCAAAAAAGAUCGUCGACUGAAGUACAUAUAGUAUUAUAAAAUGUAUAUCGUAAACUGGUGUAAAUACAAGAGUCUUUUUAUA